AUGCCCGCACCCUCCUCGUGCCCCGUCGAGCAUGCGCAGCCCACCAACGCACGGGACCUCCUGCUGGACCUGACGAUCAGGCUCAGGGAAGCAUCCAAGCAGCAGGAGCACGUGACGAGGCUGCUGGCGCUGCUGGUGCUGGCUGUGGGAGUGGCCCGCCUGGAUACCGUUGAGGCAUAUACGUUCCAAGAUCCGGCGCUGCCGCUCGCCGUGGAGCAAGCAGAUGCGGUCCCGGGCGCGGUGCUGGAUCUGGCCGAGAUGCUGCGCUGGGUGACAGUGGAGGAGCUGCCGGCGGCGAUGCAGCUGGUGCGGCAGGUGGAAGUGAAGCGCGCUAUGAGCGACCCCGCAUCGGAGCUCGAUGCAGGCGCGGGAGGUGCAGCCUCCGGGGAUGUGCUUCCCCAACUUGUGCGCGCGACAGCAAUGAUUCUGGCCAGCCAGCUGGCGGCAGAGCUGCUGCUCACGUGGCUGACGCCAGAGCGGGACAUCAUGCCGGCAAAGCUGCAAAAGAACAAGGUGGCCAAGUCGCUGCUGCGUUGGGUCCAGGUUUACCCAAGCGGUUUGGAUGUGGACCAGGUGCUGUCCCUGCACACCAGUGCAGUCGACGAGCUCGAGAAAGCAGAUGUUGCAAGAACUCCUGUCAACCCCACCUUCCUGCAUUGCGCGGUACAGCAGCGAGAGCAGGCCGUGAGCAGCCUGCACGUCGCCACGCCCUUCCUACUGGCAAACAACCGGCUGAAGUGCGACAUGCUCCUGCGGUGCGGCUGGCGCGGCGCGGUGAAGCGUCUCUUAGAUGAAGAGCUUGAUACGACCCUUGGUGGAUUCCUCGUCAGCAGCAGGUUAAUCGUGGCCUGGCACGACCUGGGGUGGUGGAAGCGCGUUUCAGCAUACCUGUGCGCGUCUUACAAGAAUGGCCAGGCGCUGGCGCUGGAGCAGGUUGCGGAGCUGGAUGCUGCUUUUGAGGGCGAGGAACUGACGGAUGAGAAGAUGGCGGGGGUGCUGGCAAUUCUGUCGGAUGCCGACGGGGUGCCGGCAGGCAUGAAGAAGGGGGAGGGCCCCCUGGAUUUCAGCCUGGUGCCUCCUGCCGUUGUCUGGAAGGUGUACGAAUACUUUGUCUUUGGGCAGCUGCCGCCCCUUCCUGCUGGCAGCACGGUGUGGGAGCACCUGUGCCCAAGAAUGGAAUAUGUGUACAAGGCAGCAUUCUGGUGGGACGACGACGACCUGACGGCGCCUGUCGCUACGGGGGUGGCUGAGGCGGCAGUGGUUGUCCUGCACGAGGUGGCCGAGGCCUCUCUGCUGUGCGAGAUGCAGCAGGUUGCGGACUGGCAGAGCGAAGCCUUGCUUGCGAGGCAGAAGGCACGGUUAAAUGCGAGGGCUGCCUGGCACUACUUGGACGCCGCCAUCCAGCUCAUGAAGCAGGAAAUGACGUUCUCGAGGCCAUUCGACGGCAGCAAUGGCGCACCCCCGCCUACAAGCCACGAGGCAGCCCUGGGAAUGUUGCGCAUCGCGGUGCGCCACAUGCCCGACAGCUUGCAGAAGGUGGCCUCAGCGUUGCAGAGCUUCGCCGGCUCACCCGACAGAGAUGGCGCACUCGCCGAGGAGGUCUCGCUGGCGGCAAGCGAAGGCAUGCCAGAACUGCUGCUACCCCUGGAGUGGGCAGCUGUCAACUCCAACCUCAAUGAGCGCGCUGCCAGCGCUGUCGACGUGGAUUCCCUGGGCAGGCUGCUGGAUGUCUUCAGCAGCAACGAGCCAAGUCUGUUCCAGCCGGCAAGCGAGCUUGAGGAGAGCGGGGAGUUCACAGCAGAGCAGCAAGACCUUGCAGCGCAGCAGCACGCGGCCGCGGUGGCAGAUCAGAGCAGGCCCACCACCAGGCGGGAACAGCUGCAGCAGAGGCUGAGGGCGCGCAGGGCGCAGCGGGAGAAGCAGUUGACGGGCCAGGCCGACCCAGAAGAGGAAGUACGUCGCCGUCUGCGGUUACAGGAUGGAAUGGACAGGAGUAAUGAGACGCAGGUGGCCGACCAUCUGGCUCAGGAGCUGCUGGAGGAGGAGGAGGCGGCUGCGGCUGCCGCGGCAGCAAGGGCUGCGAAGAAAGCAGCCAAGAGGCAGCGCCAGAAGCAGCGCAAGAAGCAGGGGGGAGCGGCAGCGCAGCGCGGCAGCACGCAGGAAGAGCCGCCGCAGCAGCAGCAGCAGCAACAGCCGCAGCCAGAGCAGCAGGGGCAGCAGGCGCAGGCUGGCCCAGCAACCCCAGUCCUGCUGCAGCCGUCGCUGUCAGCAGCGCCUGUUGCGGAUGCAAGCCCACCAGCGGCAGGCACCGCUGGCCCGGGCGAUGAAGAGCCUGAGGAUGAGGCGCCAUGGCAGACCAUGGUGGCUGGCAGGACCAGCGCAGAAGCCCGCACCCUGCAGCCUGCUGGCCUGGAGCGACGUCCACAGCAGCAGCAGCCGCCGAGGGUGCAGCAGCAGCAGGCCGCCAGGCAGCAACAGCAGCAGCAGCAGGUGCGGCCAGGUGCUGAGCAGGAUGAAGUGGAGCUGUGGAGCCUGCUGGCUCAGCUCGGGCUGGAGGGCGACUCUCAGGCUGGCAGGAGUGCAGCUGCUGCGGCGGGAGGGCCCAGCAGCUCCCGCCCAGCUACGGGCGGAGCCUGGCCCGCGCCUGCAGCUGUCCCUUUGGCAGCUCCCACAACCCCGGUGCUGGUGCCGCCGGUGCCGCUGCCAGCAGCACCGGCUGCGGCGGGCGCUGCACCUGAGCGGCAGCAGCAGCCGGAGAUGCCGCCUGCCAUCCACAAGGCCCUUCAGGAGCUGGUCCGGCUCCUGGAGUGCCCACUGGGCCUGGAGACCCUGACCGACCCGGUGCUUGCGGCAGACGGCCACGUGUAUGACCGGCCACACAUCGAGGCCAGCUUGCGGCGGCACGCGGCCACCAGCCCUCUGACGGGAGCCGCCAUGCCGGAUGCCAGCCUGCGGGAGGUGCGGCUGGUGCGGGAGAUCAUUGAGCUGUUCCGCAGUGCUGCUCCUGACUACUUUUUUGAUGACUGA